AUGGACUCACCGUCCAAGUUCUUUUUCAGCCUGGAGAAGAAGAAUGGGCAGAGCAGGUUCAUCCACGCUCUGCACUCAGCUGCAGGACACCUGCUGACUGAAGACAGCGAGAUCCGACAGAGAGCUGUGGACUUCUACUCCCAGCUGUUUGAAAGUGAGUACACUGAAGAUGACGGGGCUUUUAACUUGUUCUGCGGUGGGCUGCCCAGGGUCUCGGAGGAGACCAACAAGGAGCUGGAGGGUCCUCUGACCACAGAGGAAGUCUCCAUGGUGCUGCAGAAUUAUAAACUGCUGUCUAAAGUCCUGGCCAACAGACUGAAGACGGUGAUGGACCAGGAAAAGGCUUUUGACCGGGUUGAGCACCGUUACCUCUGGAAGGUUUUACAGAGGUUCGGCCUCAGCCCUGGAUUCAUUGCCAAGAUUAAGGUUUUGUACGAGGACGUUGAGAGUACAGAACAGACAAGAGGACGACAGACAGGACAGACAGUGAAGAGGACCAGUGGAGGACAGACUGGUGACUGUGGUUCAGGAUCUGGGACCUCUGAUGGUUCCUCCUGCACCGUCUCAGGUCUCUCCAGGUCAGACUCUGGAGUUUACUGGUGUGGGACCAGUUCAGGAGAGACGAGCCUCCAGGUCAACAUCAGUGUGACAACAGGUCAUGUGAUCCUGGAGAUUCCUGCACUUCCUGUGAUGACAGGAAGUGAUGUCACUCUGCGUUGUAGAGCCAGAGAUAAGAGCAGACGAGAGGCUUAUUUCUUCAGGGAUGGUGUCCGCCUUAGAUCUGACCCUGAUGGAGAAUAUAAGAUCAGUGGAGUCCAACAGUCUCAUGAAGGUUUCUACUGGUGUUUGAUUGAGGACUUUGGAGAGUCUCCUCAGAGCCGGCUGAGGGUCAGAGUGGUCAGACUCUUGUGCCACCUGCUGGUCUUCUGUCCGUACUGCAUCUGUACUGGUCUGAUUCUGUCCAUCUACUGCAGCAGGAAGACAGGAAACAAAGCGGCCGUCUCCAUGGAGAUGACCCAGCCUGUUGGAGGAGGUCAGGGGUUGGAUGAGGACUAUGAUGACAUCACUGCUGAUGUCACCACUGAGCAUGAGUUCUGAGCAGCAGAGUGUAGUUGUGUAAUAACGGGUGAGAGUGAUGAUGAAGUGGAUCAGGUCUCUGACUCUGAACCUCCAUCUCUCUGAUGAUCACAUCUGUUAGAGCUUUCACUGUCACGUCCUCUAAACUCCUUGUUGUCACUGCUUCACACUGUGUGUUGGACUCCAUCAGAGCUGCAGCCUCUUUUCUUCUUGUCCUCGUCAUGGUUCAGUCCCUCUGAGGACAGCUGACUGAUAUCAGUGUCCCCUCUGUGUCCUUCUGCUCUCAUGUCUCAAUAAAGAAUCUGCUCAUCAUUUUACACUGUCCCACUUUGUAUUGAGUCCUUCACUGACUGAA